CCACCGGGCCCUCAACCUGCCGAUGCCAUUAGGAACACCACAGUGCCAAGUGCUCCCCAGGCCAGCAGUGACUCCUUGGUGGGCUAUGUGCUGGGCCCGUUCAUCCUCGUCACCCUGGUCGGGGUGGUGGUGGCAGUGGUCAUGUAUGUCCAGAAGAGGAAGCAGGUGGAUUGGCUUCGCCACCACCUGCUCCCCAUGUAUAGCUACGACCCAGCAGAGGAGCUGCACGAGGCCGAGCAGGAGCUCCUCUCAGAUGUGGGAGACCCUAAGGUGAUCCAUGGCUGGCAGAGCGGCUACCAACACAAGCGGACACCCUUGCUGGAUGUCAAGACCUGACCCUCCCCCAACCUAGCCCUUCUGGACCUUGGGGUCUGUCCCUCCUCCCACCAGCCCCACAGCUGAAACCGCACACCCACCGGCAAGCACUCAUGGGCACCUCCUCCUGGGGUGGAAAAGGAGCUAGGAGCCAACCUGGCCCCUAUAGGUUAAUCCCACAAGGGCUUUAAGGUGAUGGACCCAGAUGUGUAAUAUUCAUUAUAUAUUUUGUAAAUAAA